AUGUCAAUAGUAAAUUCUGAAUCGAUAACAACAUCAACUCGAACACCAGUUGUAAUUAUCAAGCCUAUUCUUUAUGGUAAUACAGCGAAACAUUUUGGUUCAAAACGAGAUUCUGAUGGACAUACACAUAAAUGGGCACUUUAUGUUCGAUCAUUUAAUAAUGAUGAUCUAUCAACAUAUGUAAGUAAAGUACAAUUUCGUUUACAUGAAACAUAUCCAAAUCAUACAAGAGUGAUUACACAAGCACCAUUUGAAGUAGAAGAAAGUGGUUGGGGUGAAUUUGAAACACAGAUAACAAUCUUCUUUGCUGAUCCCAAUGAAAAACCUGUAUGA